UCGAAUCAUCAAAUUUCCAUUUUGUUUUUUCUUUUUUAAAUUUCUCCGAUUCAUUCUCAAUCUCGAAACCCAACAAUGCAGUCCACAAUUCAAUUGAAAUCUCAAUUUCUUCACUCCAGAACUGAUUUUUUCUUAAACCCAUUUCUCGAAUCACCAAUUCCCCUUCAGAAUUUCACCAAUUCAUCGAAAUCUCCAGUUUUCGCCGCUUUUCCUUUGUUUUCACGCAAAACCCAGAUCCGAAAACCGAUUGUUUGUGCAAGAAAAAGCAAAAGAAGAUAUGGGUCCAAAAGAUCGACGGAUUUAGCGCUUGAACUGAUCUCAACUCUGGCUUCAAAUCUCAAGGUUUUACCUCCACCGCUGGAUCUGGUCCUUCAACAUUUAGUUGCUGCAGGCGGUGAAGGCCUCGGAUUCUUGAAUGGCUUCAAGGGAGGAAGAUUUUAUCAAUGGCAAAGACGAAGAGUGAGAAGAAUAAAUGGAGGGAAAAUUUUAGGGUCCUUAGUGAUUUUAGGGUCUUGCAUGGUUUGUCUGUUGCUCGGGAAAGACGUAAGAAGUGAUUUACUUUUUGGGAUUUUAGGGUUCAUCUGUUUUGUGCUUGCAUUGAUCAAGGAGUGGGGGAGAGGGUUUAAAGAUUGGGUUUUUGGGUUUGUUUGUGUUGGAAUUUUGUUAGGGUUAGGGUUUAGGGGAAAUGGAGGAGUGAGAUGGAUUAAAGAAAUUAGGGUUCCUUCAUCUUCUUCAGUGAUGGAGAUUCUCAGGAGAGGCAAGAGGAGGGGUAGAUGGACAUUGUAAGAGGGAAAGUCUACGAGUUUUUCA